GCCUAAUCCAGGACUGGCGGGGCGGUCCCCUGUUAAGACCUGUCUUAAUUUGGUUGUUCCUGCCAUUUCCGGUCUUCCGUUCCGAUCCGCCACGUCCUCCUCGGCUUGGUAGCUCUCUCCGAACUCGCGCAAGCCGUCUUCUUCUGUAACCCUAGAAACGAACACUGAUUCGAAUCGUUCCGCUCCGUACGACUCGAAGUGGAUGCAAAGAUGAGUUCUUUCUCCAUUACGCGAAAGAAGACGCCUUUCCAGAAGCACAGAGAGGAAGAAGAGGCAAGGAAAAAGAGAGCAGAAGAUGAAACGGCUCGACUAUACCAAGAGUUUGUGGAAUCAUUUCAAGGGGAUAUUACGCCUGGGUCAAAGACUUUUGUUCGAGGAGGAACAAUAAACCCAAAUGAGAAACUGAAGGCAGUUUCUGAAGGUGAAAAGUCCAAAGAUGGGGUAUCUGUUCCAAAGAAGGGAAGUAGGUAUGUUCCAUCCUUCAUACCACCUCCCUUGGCAACUAAAGGGAAAGAAUCUGAAAAGAAAAAGGAGGAUGACAAGCCAAAGGAAAAAGAAAAAGGGAAGUCUCGGAAUAUAGAUCAUUUCAUGGAGGAACUGAAGCAUGAGCAGGAGAUGAGGGAGAGGCGAAAUCAAGAGCGUGAUCAUUGGCGUGAUGGGCGCCACAACGAAAAUUCUGCCCCAUCUAGUCGUUUUGACGAACUGCCUGAUGAUUUUGACCCAAGUGGAAAGCUUCCUGGAUCAUUUGAUGACGGCGAUCCGCAAACUACUAAUCUCUAUGUUGGAAAUCUCUCACCCCAGGUUGAUGAAAAUUUUCUUCUGCGGACUUUUGGAAGAUUUGGACCCAUUGCGAGUGUGAAGAUAAUGUGGCCUAGGACUGAAGAGGAGCGUAGGCGGCAAAGAAAUUGUGGCUUUGUAGCUUUCAUGAAUAGAGCUGAUGGACAGGCUGCAAAGGAUGAAAUGCAAGGAGUUGUUGUUUAUGAAUAUGAGUUGAAGAUUGGAUGGGGUAAGUCGGUCGCUCUACCUUCGCAAGCGCUACCUGCUCCUCCACCAGGACAUAUGGCGAUCAGGAGUAAGGAGGGUAGCACUGUAAUUUUGUCUGGUCCAUCAGGUCCACCAGUAACUUCUGUUCCAAGUCAGAAUUCUGAACUGGUUCUUACCCCAAAUGUUCCCGAUAUAAUGGUUAUUAAACCCAAUGAUGAUCAUCUCCGCCAUGUAAUUGACACAAUGGCUCUCUAUGUUCUGGAUGGAGGAUGUGCCUUUGAACAAGCUAUUAUGGAGAGAGGUCGUGGGAGUCAUCUCUUCAACUUCUUGUUUGAUCUUGGCUCAAAGGAACAUACUUACUAUGUCUGGCGGCUCUAUUCCUUUGUUCAGGGUGAUACCCUUCAAAGAUGGCGAACAGAGCCUUUUAUCAUGAUAACUGGAAGCGGAAGAUGGAUUCCACCACCUUUGCCAACAGUAAAAAGCCCAGAGCACGAAAAGGAGUCUGGCUCCACAUUUGCUGCAGGAAGAAGCAGGCGGGUGGAACUGGAAAGAACACUUACUGAUGCACAGAGGGAUGAGUUCGAGGAUAUGCUGCGUGCUUUAACAUUAGAGAGGAGUCAGAUAAAGGAAGCUAUGGGGUUUGCCCUGGAUAAUGCUGAUGCAGCUGGAGAGAUAGUUGAAGUUCUGACGGAAUCUUUGACACUUAAGGAAACUCCCAUUCCAACCAAAGUUGCUAGGCUUAUGCUUGUUUCUGAUGUUCUUCACAAUAGUAGUGCUCCUGUAAAGAAUGCAUCUGCAUACCGCACCAGAUUUGAAGCAACUUUACCUGACAUUAUGGAGAGUUUUAAUGAUUUGUUUCGUAGCAUUACUGGAAGGAUUACUGCUGAGGCUCUUAAGGAACGGGUGCUCAAAGUGUUGCAAGUAUGGUCAGACUGGUUUUUGUUUUCGGAUGCAUAUGUUAAUGGCUUACGAGCUACAUUUCUCCGACCUGGGAGCUCUGGUGUCAUUCCAUAUCAUUCCAUAUGUGGUGAUGCACCUGAACUAGAAAAAAAGAACAAAUCUGAAGAUACAGGUGACGGGGCUAAGGUCAACCAAGACACUGCAUUGGCAAUGGACAAAGGAGCAGCAAUGAAGGAGCUAAUGAAUCUUCCCCUCGCUGAGCUGGAGAGACGUUGCAGACAUAAUGGAUUGUGUCUUGUUGGUGGUAGAGAAAUGGUGGUUGCACGGUUGCUAAGUCUGGAAGAGGCUGAAAAACAAAGGGUCUAUGAAAUUGAUGAUGAGUUGAAAUAUGCACAGAGCCAUUCAAGUUCUGGCGGAUAUUCCCAUAGCCGUAGAGACAUGACUGUCGAAGCAGAGCAAGUGGGUCUGUCUGGAUGGAGUCGUCAUGAGGAUGAUUUGCAAUCACAAGGCGAAGAGUCUGUUCCUUUGGCUCCAACCCUUCCCAUUCCGCAGCCUGAACUAAAGGCUUUCUCGAAGAAAGAGAAAAUUGAACCCAUCCUGCCAGCAUCUAAAUGGGCUCGAGAGGAUGAUGAAAGUGAUGAUGAAGAAAAAGGUAGUGCUAAGGGUCUGGGGUUGAGCUACUCAUCUUCUGGAAGUGAGAAUGCUGGUGAUGAUCCUGGUAAGGCUGAUGAGAUGGAGUUUGCAGUUGGUACGAGCAUCCCAACACAACCUGACACUGGAAUGAAUGAAGAGCUAAGACAAAAGCUGAGACGUCUAGAGGUAGCCUUGAUAGAAUAUCGUGAAUCCCUUGAAGAGCGGGGAAUCAAAAGUUUGGAUGAAAUUGAGAAGAAGGUUGCUAUCCGUCGGCAACAGUUACAAUCUGAAUAUGGGUUAUUAGAUUCUAAUGGCAAUUCUUCAGGGAACACUGCAGCAAGAACAUCUUCUGAAAGGAGGGACAGACGGAAUGAUGCCCGAGACACUUCAAGAAAGCGGCACCGCAGCCAAAGCCAAAGUGAGAGCCCACCAUGGAAAUCCUUAAACCGAGACAAGGAAAGGGAAAAUGCAUUAGAGAGGGACAGGGAAAGGCACAGGGAUAGAGAUAGAACUCAUGACUUUGAAAAUGAGAGAGGGAGGGAGUGGGACCGUGAGAAGAGUGGAAGCAGAGAGAGGGAUGACCAUGAAAGGGAUAGAGGCAGAGAAAGAGACAGAGAUAGGAGGAGACGGCCAAAGUGAGUUAUUCCUGGGGGAAGAAUUAAGAUGGAAUGUUUUGGAAUGAAGAGAUGCUCAGAUGCCCAUGUAAUUGGGCCAGAGAGACUGCAUAAAAAGAAGGUGUCCCAUUGCUAUGAAAAGAAGCUUCCUUCCAUUUCCUGUAAUAAACCCAAGAGUGGUUUUUUGUUAAAUUAUAUUUUAGAUGAGAUGUAUUUCGAACUUUUUUAACAGUGAUCCAUGAGUAAGUUCUAAAUUGCUUCAGGUUACGUGUUAAUACAACCUGAUGUGUGGUCUAUGCUCUUUUGUGGAGAAUUAGACAUGCCCCAAAUUAUUGAAUGAAGCCCCCCAAUCUUUCUUGUGUCU